AGAGCUGUGCAUGGUGCUGGUUCUGGCCGGGUUCUGCAGCAGCAGCAGCAGGUGCGGCGGCGGCGCUGCUUCCUGUGUCGUGUGGUUUCCUGUCUGUAGGAGGAUGUUCAGCUCGCCGCUGCCGAUUGGUCGAUGCGUCGCUGUGAAGUCGGCGCUCGGUGCUGCAGAGGAGCUGCUGCAGCAGAACGGCUGGUCGGCCCACUCAGCCUCGCCGCAGCGCCCUGGUACCGCCUGGUACCGCCCGGCCGUGACUCAGACCCGCAGAGGCUUCUGGCGCCGCCGGCAGCGUCGGGCGCCGCCGACGCCACGCGACUCAGUGAGACGGCAGACAUCUUGGAAGAUGGUGGAUCUCUGGCUGCAGUAGCUGAUCUGGAUCUUCGGCGCCGAGUCUCUGGGCUGCAGGUUCUGGUUCUGGUCUACCUGUUCAGCCGAUCUCCUGGUUGCAUUUCGUCCCCAGAUGAACGAUGGACGUCUCCUGGCUGGCUCUGCUCAUGAUGGCCGCCGUCUUCGCCGCCUCCGUCCUGCUGGCCGCCGUCUGCUUGGACUGCGGCAACAGAAGUCCUCUGGCCUCCAUUAGCCAGACGGCGGCGUCAGAGGAAUACGUCCCUUCUGGAUUCAUCGUCGUCCAUCCAUUCGCCGGUCAGGCCCGGUUGGACCAGAACCUGGUCCACUCUCCCUCCACCCUGAAGCCUCACCCGAUCCCUGCUGGUCGCGGUUCUGGCCAGCCGCUCCGGCCCUACACACCGACAGAAACCGAGAGCAACCCGAGUUACGAGAACCCGGCCCCGGAAACGGAUUUUCCCGACAGCGACGCUGAAGGCAACGGAUACAUAGAGGUCCUUCCUGAAACCGAGCCGAGCCGAGCCUCCACUCCCAGUUUAGAUAGCGCCGACUACGUCAACCUUGAAGAUGAAAAUAAAAACCAAGCACUAGAACCGGAACCAGAGCCGGACCAGGACUCGGACUCGGACUCAGAAUCUGAUCACAACUACGAGAACGUGAAGUCAGCAAACGGAUCUCCUGCAGCCUCGACGCCGGACGAAGAUGAUGAGAACUACGUGAACGUAUGAUCCGGUUGGCCCAGCAGGAGGACCAGUUCUGACAGCUCUUCAUCAUCAUCUUCAUCAGAACCAGGAUCCUCCAGCCUCCGUUUACACUGCUGUCUCACCUCGUAGCUUGAUUUCUGUAAACUUUGACUAGACCUCUAGACUGACUUGUGCGGCUUGUAAGGCGAAAUAAUCUGACUGACAGGGAGCUAAAGGUGAGGGUGAUGGACCGAAGGCCUGACUGAUGUGAAGCCAAAGUGUUUCUAUCAAUGAGGCGGGUAGAAAUACUUUUAAUAUAUUUUAUCCAAAUAAAAGUAGGAAGGGAUUUUUUUUGUUUUGGAAAUUUUCUAUUUUCCAACAUCAAACAAACUUCUGGGUUUGAAUCUGCCAAGAACAGAGAGUGAAAAAUGGCCCCAUAGGAGGUGAAAGUACGACCCGAUAGUUCCUGUCAGAUUUUCUCCAUGUCUUGGAUGACCCAGCAGCUUCAGAAACCAAUCAGCAGAAACUAAUCGGGUCAAUCAGCCAAUCAACUGGGAAAAAUGACUUUAGUGACAUUUUCACCAUGUCACUCGUUCAGAUGCCAGUUUGAGGCUAAAUGCCCAAAUUAUUACCGUUAACUUUUGAUUGUGUAACUUUUCAAAUGACAUCUGACUUACUUGGAUAAGGAAAUGGAAGGUCAGAGGUCAACCAGUCAUUCUGGAUGAAAUGGAGACAGUCUGGGAACGCAGCCCUGUGGAACUAACUGGGAUUAAAUAAUCCAACCAUACUAAUCUGUUAGAACGAGCUGACGCAGACUCCUCAAUCUAGAUUGGGUUGUCUCGCCGUGUUUCUGCUUUGACACUCCAGAUUGUUCAAUAAUCUGAUCAAUAAUCUUAUUGAUCACCACUUAUCUAAAGCUUCAUGUUCACCUCCUAGGAAUUUCCUUUAAAUGUGACUUAAAUCCAGAAGAGGAAUCUCUGAAACAUUGAACCCAAAAUCCAGAUUAAUCCCGAGUAGCACCAGGGUGAGGAGCCUUCCUGUUGUCAGAGUAAAUAUUUAGUUUAAUUCAUUGCAACUUUCCAAAUGACUGCGGUAUUUCUGCUGGCGUCGGCGCCGUUUCAUUUCACUGACGACUCCUGAGAAUGUUUUUGAUCCAGCGUCUAUUUAAAUGUUUUCUGUCAUCUGAUAUAGAAAUGUUUUUAUCUGAAUUAAACUGAACAUUGUAGAAACA